GUAGUGUGAUAACGCUGUUUAGCUGCCGCACCGUAGCUGGCCGCUGGCACUCUAUCGAUGGUGAGCCUGUUACUGAGGAGGCCCACGGCCUCCCUAUCUCCAACAUAGGAACCAAAAGCACAAAGCUAUAGACGUUACUGAUAUUUUAGCUGUCAGGUCAGGCCCUUUUUCAUCUCGCCUUUCAGUAUCGACUCACGGACAGGCAAAGAGGCAAACGUAAAGCGCACAUAAUUUCACAGCAAAUCUGCUUCUUCCGAAUUAGGCAGUGAUCGUCGUGCCUUGGCUGUUGUCCCCUUUCUCUCUGCCGCCCUCUGCCCACUCAACCCGCUUGACUUGACCCUCUUCCCCUUCCUCUUCGCCAUCUUUUGAAAGUCCUUCAUCUUAACCACCUCACACUCCCCCCCCCUUCUCCCUCAAACUUCUUUCUCAUCAACCACAUCACGCACUUGUCGUUCUACUUCCGAGUUUCUCUGCUAUCGUCCAUCCAACAACCUUAUAAAUACACCUUCUUCGACUACAAAGGUAACUGCUGCUUCCCCUAAUAUUUACCCCUCCUCAUUUCCUAUAUUUAUUUUUCCCCCUUCCCUCUCCCAUUCGAGUCGAACGAGGGGCAACUUCCUCCUUCAAGGUAUCCCCGUGAGUAGCUAGAGAGCGGCUCAUUUUUUCGACAGCUUGUCCCCAGCCCGCUCUUCUGCUACUCCUGUGCUGUUGUCGGGUAAGGGGGGCGGAGAGCGGGGUUGUUCUGCCCUGUUCUGCUAUCAGCAUCAACAUAACCUUAGCCUUAUCCACCACCACUACCCUCCUCCUCCGAGUUUUUUGCAUUUUUCCUCAUGAUGCUGCUUAUUUUCUCAUUCCCGAUAUCCUCCACGGCCGGCCUCAUUAGGGUUCGUGAUGCUUGAGGUUUAAGCAAACUUUUUCCCUACUGCCCCAGCAACAAAUUUUGUUUUGACGAACUUUCGUUGAAGCGGGGCAACUCAACAUUUCGUCAUUCCUCUCUUUUCUCCCUCCCUCUCAGCCCUGGAAAAUCACCCCAAUAACACCUUCGCUAACAACAUCACGAAAGCUUGCAUAGUUUUACUGAAAAAAUCAGUCAAAAUGGGAUACGAAGAUUCCGUCUACCUUGCCAAGCUUGCCGAGCAGGCUGAACGUUAUGAAGGUAGGUUACCCAUCGCUGGUUCGAGGUUUUUGUGAUUACACUGCGCUAGUGCUAAGUCCGUUACAGAGAUGGUUGAGAACAUGAAGAACGUCGCAUCUGCCGAUCAAGAGCUCACGGUCGAAGAGAGAAAUCUACUUUCUGUUGCGUAUAAGAAUGUCAUCGGAGCUCGCAGAGCCUCUUGGAGAAUCGUUACCUCUAUCGAGCAGAAGGAGGAGUCAAAAGGCAAUGAGUCUCAAGUUGCUCUCAUCAAGGAAUAUCGUCAAAAGAUCGAAGCCGAGCUCGCAAAGAUUUGCGAAGAUAUCCUAGAAGUUCUUGACAAACAUUUGAUCCCCUCCGCUCAAUCGGGGGAGUCGAAGGUCUUCUACCAUAAGAUGUAAGCUCAUUACCUGCCGUGCUGGAGAUUUCACCCUUUCCGGUAAGCCUAUUUACUGAUCUAUCUACAGGAAGGGUGAUUACCACCGCUAUUUGGCCGAGUUCGCCCUCGGUGACAAGCGCAAGGAGUCCUCCGACAAGUCCUUGGAGGCCUAUAAGAAUGCUACCGAGGUUGCACAGACCGAUCUUGCCCCAACCCACCCCAUUCGCCUUGGAUUGGCUCUCAACUUCUCUGUUUUCUACUAUGAAAUUCUUAAUUCUCCCGACCAGGCAUGCCAUCUUGCUAAGCAGGCCUUUGACGAUGCGAUCGCUGGUGAGUGCCUAGAAGCCCAGAGGUCAAAUUUAUUUUACAACCUUGGUGCUAAUUAUUCAACUAGAGCUCGACACCCUAAGUGAGGAGAGCUACAAGGAUUCUACCCUCAUCAUGCAGCUUUUGCGAGACAACUUGGUUAGUUCUCCGUAUGUUGCCAUUGUCCAAUCGCCUUGCUAAUGUGCCUCAUAGACCCUCUGGACCUCUUCCGAGACAGAAAACGACAAUGCCGCCGACACUAACAAGGAAAUGUCUGAUGCUCCGGCCGCAACACCCGCUGCCGAGGCUAAGCCUGAGACCAAAGAAUAAAUUUUCUUGAGGACGCAGCACGGUAGGGGGAAUGAGGGGGGAACCGCAACCGAAUGGCAUGGGUCGUAAAAUGUGUUGGGAAUAGCUGCGUUCUAGUUUCACCAUGCUAGGCGUUGAUACGACUUUUUCUCUUCUAUCUGUUGGCCCAGUCGUUCGGUCUGUGUUUCUCUUUUUCUCAAAGUUUCGUUCAAUUCAACUAGUUGUCUUUUAAAACUUUAAAAGUCCGGUUCUAUGUUCUCUUGGCCUUACCCUAUGUUAUUUCCUUGUUCCUCGGUUAGUGCUAGGUGCGGUUUUCACAGUCUUUUACUGUGGUUUUUUAGCAUGGUCUGGUUGUUCGAUGAGAAUUUUUACUUGUGCUGUAGAAUUUGAUACAGAUUCCUCAAAAUCGUCACUAUUCAACAUUAGAAGGCAGCAAGGAUGGGUGAUAGAUAUGGCCAGGGCCACGGUGGACGGGGUUAUGGUGCUUGUACUAGUACAAACUCGUAUUACCAGGAUAUAUUUAUACACCG